AUGAACAGCAAAGGGCGUGUGAUCGCUGCCACGCAACCAAGGAGUGCUGUCGCCGUUCAAAUGCUGAAUCGACCUGGCCGCAAACCUCGAGCACAGAAGGCCUCUUUGGCAAAAGCCGCAAAUUGGAUCCAAGACCCGAUAUCUUUGAGUCCUCGGGCGUCUCCUGCAGAUGCCCCCACUGCCCAUGAUAACGAGACAGGCGCUCAAUGUUGGUCGCUGGCUAUGCCACAAGAUUUAUCUGUCUUCGGCGGCCUGACACCCCCCGAGCAACAGUCCUUGGUCGUUAUAUUGGACAAGGACAGGUUCUUUGAACGGUUUGUCCUGGGCCCGACCUUUCAAGACGAUCACUUUCGUGCCAUCCUCACGCGGCUCUACACCGCGAUGCCACUGCUCAAAGACGCCUUCCUCGCGUGCGCUGGCAUCUCCGUGAACAGCCCGGCUGCAGGAACACUGCGCCUCAACGAGACCUACUAUUAUCAUAAAGCCACCUCGGGCCUCGACACUUUUCGUUCCUUUCAGAUCACCGGCGCAGGGGAUGUUUCGCUCUAUCUGAGCCUCGCUCUCGCGGUCUUGACCUUCAACAUCCACGUGGUCGGUGGCAGCGCCUUCCGCGUAUGCAGAUACACGCUCCCUGCGCUGGCCUCUUUGAAUGACGGCCACGCAGAGAUUGAUCCAGAUGAUUUUGCGUUCUUGAUUUGCAUUCUUCAUACUGAACUUGUGGGAUGUCUGUUUCGGCACGAGGUGCCCACCUUUCGAUUCCAAAUCCGGCCUGAAGACUUGAUGAACCGGUACCUAGGGCUGUCAGUACCGCUGCUCUCCUACGGCUACGACCUCUGCGUCCUGUCCAUCAAACUCCACCAAGCCAACGAAGAGGACCGUCAGAGUUUGCUGAUGCAAUUGCAGUCUCUUGAAGCUAAGGUCUCUGCAUGGCGACCUACUUACCCAGCGGACUUUUUGAGCCGAUAUUCUCAGGGGGAGGUGGCGCACAUGCUUUCUCAGGUGCAAAUCUUCCGUCAGAGUCUAUUGUUAAUAGCUCACCGACUCCAGCAUCCUUUCGGAACUUGCUUGGAUCGCUCUGAAGCGCUCUCUGACAUGAUUCUCGAGCAGUUUGACUCAAUCUGCAGUCUGGUCAACAGGAUGGUCGUGUCAAUGGACUUUGCGUUCCUGGUGGCGGCUUUCGAAGUUCACCACGCAGCAAAGCGCAAAAAAGUCUUGGACAAAGUCGACCUGUUCCGAGAUCUGCCGGUACCGUAUCGGACUCGGUUGAAGUCAAUCCUGUGUACUUUCUGGCAGACGGUGGAUGAGAAUUCUGGGCUGCACUGGUUUGACCUGAACCUCUACCUGGCUCCGUAUCUGGAUUGA